UGUGUCUCCAGAUUGUAUUACCUCGCAUCUCGCAUGAAUGGUUUAUAAUUAAAAGACAAUGGAAAAAACAAUGAAAGAGACUAAUUGCGAGCCUGUGUAUCAAGGAUACUUCAUAGGUCAUAGCGGUGCAGUUACUUCUUUAAAUUUUCAUCCAAAUGUUGAUCAACUCAUAUCAAGUAGUAUGGACAACACAGUAAUGUUAUGGCGAUUGAAGCAUUUAAAGCCAGCUUACAAGUUUAUAGCCCACAAAGAGGCUGUCUUAGACGUGUGCUAUUCACCAAACGGAGAAGUUAUGGCCAGUGGUUCAAAAGACAGAUCUGUAAGAAUUUGGAUUCCUAAAGUUAAAGGACAUUCCUUUGACUUUAGGGCUCACAGUUCUGCUGUGAGAUCAGUACAGUUUAGUCCAAAUGGAGAAAACUUAGCUACUGCAUCAAAUGACAAAAGUGUAAAGCUGUGGAUACCAUAUCAAAAAAAAUUCCUCAAGACAUUUAGUGGACAUACAUAUUGGGUAAGCUGUGUUAAAUUUUCUCCGGAUGGUAAACUUUUGGUAUCGUGUAGCGAUGACAAAACAAUAAAGGUCUGGGAUAUUACAAGCGGACGUUGUGUCAAAACUUUUAAUGAAAUAAAAGCUUCCGCUAAAUAUGUGGAGUUUCAUCCAAGCGGCACGACUAUUGGAUCAGCAAAUACAGAUGCGUGUGUCAAAUUGUACGAUUUAAGAACAGAUUCUUUAUGUCAGCACUAUGCUGUUCAUACAGAGCCUGUGAAUAUGAUUAAAUUCCAUCCAAAUGGUAAAUUUAUGUUAACAGCGUCUGUAGAUUCUACAAUGAAGAUUUUAGAUAUCCUAGAAGGCCGUCCGAUUUAUACUCUCAGAGGACAUUGUACUAGCAUAACAUCCAUAACAUUUUCAAAAGAUGGCACAUUUUUUGCUUCUGGUGGCAUUGAUCGACGAAUUUUAAUCUGGAAGUGUAAUUUAUGUGUGGAUGACCAAAGUAGAAAAAUAUCUACACAGUUAAUGUCAUCUAUAGCAAACAGGAACUUGAUGACGGAAAUCUCUAGCAAACAAAAAUUUGACAAUGUGGAAAAAUCAAACAGCAGCGAACAAGUACAAGAUAUACAUAACAAGCAGGAUCAAGAGAAAUAUUUAUCAUAUAAAUUAGAAAAAUCACAUCUAAAACCAUACAGGAGUCAAGAACUGUCAACGAAAGAUGAAACUUAAAUCAAUAUGGAUAUAGAAUUUUCUGGAAAGGUUCUUUUCCGUUGUGUAAAAACAUGUUAAUUCAACAAAAUCAAACAUCAUCCGUUGCCGACGUUGAAUCAAUCCAUUAAAACAUUCUGUGAUCAAGUACAAUUAUUAUAUCACAUUAUGAAUGUAUUAGAAUAAUGCUUUACAGUAUUA